CUCUAUCAUAGUUCUAUACCAAUCCACUAUUGUUUUUACUACUUUUUUUACUUGUAUAACAUUUCAUACAAAUGGCUAUAUUGCAAGUAAAUAAGAAAUUAAGAACAAAAGGAUGGAGUAAACCCUUGACUCUUUUUUUUUUUUAAUUAAAAAUGCGAGUAAAAACCCUUGACUCUUUCAUACAAAUGGCUAUAUUGCGAGUAAAUAAUUUACUCCUUUUUUUUUCUCCUCUUUCCCCCUCUUCCUCUCUUUCUUUCUCUUGUUCCAAUUGAGAAUGGAUUCAUUGCAUUUCCUUCUCUUUCCUCUUUCCCCCUCUUCCUCUCUUUCUUUCUCAAAUAAGCCUCAAAUCCCACGCCACCAACAACCAACCACCAACCACCGAACCACCUCCAAACUCACACCACCACAACCAACCACCAACCCACCGAUCCUACCGUCCACCGAACCCACCGCACCCACCAACCAGCAACCACCGAACCACCUCCAAACUCACACCAACUCGAACAACUCACACCACUGCAGCCAACCACCUCCAAACUCACACCACCGCAACCAACCACGUCCAAAUUCACACCACGCAGCCAACCACCCGCAAAUCGCACAAAUUCAGCUGAUUGCAGUAGUUUCGAUUUGGAAUGAGAAGUCGAUUUGGUGGUGCGAUGGUGAAGCAGUCGAAACGAAUCAGCACCCAAGCAGUAGUUUCGAUUGUAAUAGUUUCGAUUCGAACUGAGAAGCCGCAAUAUCGGGUGCUUCGAUUGCUUGAAGCGGAUGGGUUAAGGAGAUUGAAGGAGAGGUUCGCCGCACGAACUAUUGGGUGCAAAGUGCCGCACCCAAUAGUCCGUGUUUUUUUAAAAUUCAGUAUUAAAAAUUUCUCAAUUCAUACAAAACCAUCUUAGCUUAACAUAAAUGGAAUAAGGGCUAAUAUGUCAACAAUGGCAUGUGCAAAGUUUUAAAAUUGGGCCCUUAUAUUAUUAUUUCACAUAUAGACAUGAGAGGUGGAUAAAAUACGAACUUAUAAUCUUGUUGUUACGUUGAUUCUUAGUACCAUGUUAGCAGAUUAACUCAACUAAAAUUUUAAGUUGAUGAUCAAGGCUCGGAACUAGGUUUUAUACUCUAUCGUAGUCCUAUACCAAUCCACUCAUAUUCUUUUCACUACUUUUUCACUUGUAUAAAAUUUCAUACAAAUGGCCAUAUUGCAAGUAAAUACGGAGUAAUAAAUUAAGAAUAAAAGAAGUUAAAAAAAAGUCACAGGUUUUCCUUUUCCUUAAACAAGUAAAACAUAAAUGUUAAUUAUCUAACAGAGGACCUAGUCUAUCUUUUAAAAUUCAAUACUCUGUAUUAAAAAAAUUCCCUACUCAUACAAUACAAUCUUAAAAUCGUCUCAUACAAAAAUUUGCCGAACAAUAAAAAAAACACAAAUACGGUACAAUAUACACGUAUAAGAAGUACGAAUCUUCCCACGCGUCAGCAACCUAUAAGGUAGACGGUGCAAAUACGAAAAUGUAUCCACCAAUCACAUCCAUAUUCUCACACCUCCAAAAUCAACAAACCAACAAUACUACUCCGUUCUUUUGCCUCAGGUUUUCCAAACAGGAGAGAGAAAGUGAGAGAAAAAUAAAAUACGAUUCGUAUCAUUAUCAACUCUUUUCUCUUUCUCUCUCUAUUUCUAUUUUUAUUUAAAAAAAAAAUAAAAAAAUAGAAAACUUUCCACAAAUGGGCAUGUGCUACGACUCCAAAUUAAACCCGAAUUUGCUACCUUACCCAUCUUCUCCUCUUCCCCUUUCUAUUCUCAGUCAAUUGUUCUUGAGCUUCGGAAGCUAAGUAAUUCACCUUCGAUCAAAUCAAAAUUGAGAGAUUGAUUAAAGAUUGAAAAAGAUGGGAAGAGGUAAGAUCGUGAUUCGAAGGAUCGAUAAUGUAACGAGCAGACAAGUUACGUUUUCGAAGCGAAGGAAUGGAUUGUUGAAGAAAGCUAAGGAGUUGGCUAUUCUUUGUGACGCCGAAGUCGGAGUUAUGAUCUUCUCUAGCACUGGAAAACUAUCUGAUUUCUCUAACUCCAGGAUCAAUCAAACAACACCUUCCUUUCUCCAGAGAAAGGAGGGGGAAGGGGAUAAAGAAGUUAUGAACCCAGGACUCAGUAUGAAAUCAGUGAUUGAACGAUACAAAAAGACAAAAGAGGAGCAUCAACAGCUAGCAAACCCCAACUCAGAGGUCAAGUUUUGGCAAAGAGAAGCAGCUAUGCUACGACAACAAUUAGAGAGUUUGCAAGAAAAUCAUCGAAAAAUGAUGGGUGAAGAACUCUCUGGUUUAAGUGUUAAGGACUUGCAGAAUUUGGAGAGCCAAUUGGAGAUGAGUCUUCGAGGGGUCCGUACCAAAAAGGAUGAACUUCUACUUGGUGAAAUACAAGAGCUAAAUCGAACGGGUAAUCUCAUUCAACAAGAAAAUCUAGAACUACACAAGAAGGUAGAUCUGAUUCGUCAAGAAAACUUGGAGCUUCAAAAGAAGCUCUACGGAUCAAGGGAAGUAAAUGGUACAAACAAAAGUUCUUUUCGCACAAAUGGAAAUAGUCUGAACAUGGAAGAAGAUUCAAAUGAGCCUAUUUGCCUACAGCUUUGCCAACCACAGCAACAAGAUGGUGAAAGAGCAGCAAGAGCAUCAAAAUUUAGACUAGAACUUGCCUAGCAAAGAAGACCAGUCUGCCAGGUUGACACACUUUGUCAACAUAGUUUCCCAAGUCCAUGCAGUUUGUUUCAAAAGUCGAAUGCAAAUCAAAGAUUAAUCAAGAAACAAGUUCAAGAUAAUCAAUAGAACAACCUUUAACAUUGUUCACAGUGAUUAAGAAAUUAGCUAGCAAUGCCAAACCUGGAUGAAAUGUAAUAAAGAUGCAAAUGUCCUGUUUAAGGGCAAAGUGUAUUAGCACCUAUCCAUUAUCUUUCACAUUUUAAUUUGAAAAUUUGUCCUCGUUC